UUGAUUUUAGAGAGGAAGGGAGAGGGAGAGAGAAGCAUCGAUGAGAGAAACAUCAGCCGGGGGCUGCCGCCUGCACGUCCCCCACAGGGAAUGGCCUGCAGCCCUGGCGAGUGCCCCACCCGGGAAUCGAAAAGGUGGCUCUCGGUUCCUGGCUCCGCGCAUUCAACCCCGGAGCUGCACCUGCCGGCCGGCGGUGCACAUUUUUUCCCCCAUUGGAAGCUACGGUGGUGGUGGCAUUUUUGAUCCCUGAGCAGAAGAUGCGAUCACCGUUUGCGUUCUGCGAAUUGGCGGGAGAUGUCCUUUGCUCCUCAGAUGUAAUGCACUUUAAAGUUGUUAUUCAACAGUGAAAAUGAGUCAUACAGAGGUUAAAUUAAAAAUACCUUUUGGGAAUAAAUUACUAGAUGCUGUUUGUUUGGUACCUAACAAGAGCUUAACAUAUGGAAUAAUUCUUACACACGGAGCUUCAGGAGAUAUGAAUCUUCCUCAUUUGAUGUCACUGGCAUCCCAUCUUGCAUCUCAUGGUUUUUUUUGCCUGAGGUUUACCUGUAAAGGCCUUAAUAUUGUACAUAGAAUUAAGGCAUAUAAAUCAGUUUUGAGUUACCUCAAGACCUCAGAAUACAAACUUGCAGGUGUUUUCCUUGGAGGUCGUUCAAUGGGCUCAAGAGCAGCUGCUUCUGUAAUGUGUCAUAUUGAGCCAGCUGAUGCUAAUGAUUUUGUUCGAGGUCUCGUUUGUAUUUCUUAUCCACUGCACCAUCCGAAACAGCAGCAUAAACUUAGAGAUGAAGAUCUCUUUCGUAUAAAAGAUCCUGUCCUAUUUGUGUCAGGCUCAGCAGAUGAAAUGUGUGAAAAGAAUUUGUUGGAGAAAGUCGCACAGAAAAUGCAAGCUCCUAAUAAAAUCCACUGGAUUGAGAAGGCAAAUCAUUCCAUGGCAGUGAAAGGACGGUCAACGAAUGAUGUUUUCAAAGAAAUAAAUACACAAAUUUUGUUUUGGAUUCAGGAAAUCACUGAAAGGGACAAGAAAUAAUUGUCUUUAGUUAAAAGUCAUGUUAUUUUGAAUACAAAUACAGUUAAUUUGAUAAAGAACAGCAUAACUCUCAGCAUUAUGAGGUAUAUUUUCAACUAACUUAAUGUUCUUUAAUGUUCCCCCAUUUAUAAAACAUGUUUUAAUUGUGAAAUUGAUGUAUUUUACAAAAUGUGUUUUGAAAGCAUAGUUCUAUAAAGAUGAUGCACAAAUGUUGAAGACGGUCUAAAUAUAAUUUAUUUUUAUUAAUAUAGUUAAGUUUGAAAAAAUUAAACAUUUGAAUUUUGUUACAGUGGAACUUUUGUCUUCUUUCUGUGCAAUUGAGAAAGUAAUUUUGCAGAGGAGUGUCAUCUUUAAAAAAGGAAAGCAACACUCAUUUUACUAUAGUAAAUUGAGUCACUAAUUCAGGCCCUCAAUAAUCUCAUCUGAAUAGUUGCAGAAGCCUAAUUGAUUUUCCUAUUUCAUUGUCUCCUUGCUUCAGUAAACCACUUGAUACCUCCAACUCAAAAACUUGGGAGAUAUCCAAAGGUGAUUAUUAAGGUUAAAGUCCUUAAUUUAAGGCUCUGCAAAAUAGGCCCUAUCAACAUUUUAGCUUUAUUUUCCCCAUUCUCUAAACCUGUACACCUCUUUUAUAAAUAAAUGAGACAAGUGGCCUGUUGGCCACGAGAUUGA